AUGCUUUUCGACGUAGCCGCACUCACUCGAGACCAUAUGGACCGCGACAUGGCCAAGAAUGGUUAUCUCGAUCGUCUUCCGGCCCAACCACUGCUUGCUUUUGCCUUCUUCUUUUUAUCCAGCUACGCACAACGUCCAUCACAUGUCCAUGUCCUUUCGCUUUUGCUGUCUUUACCUCAGGAUGCCAGCCUCAGGACAGAAUGGGCCAAGACCUGCAGCCAAAAGCCACCUGAAGCCAUCGAAGAUUCUGGCGUUGGUUCUGGCUGCUUUGCUAUCCACCGAGGCGAGAUUAUGGCAACGGUGCCUCUCAUCACGAGGAGAUCGCUCCUCCUUCUCACCACAGCCGUGGCAGCCGUGGUGGCUGAGACGUACAACACCCGUUUCGAUGGCGUGACAUGGGACAAUGACAACUGGAUUCUCAAGACGACGCAGCUCGACCAAGGCCACUACCAAUCGCGUAUGUCCCUGGCCAAUGGCUAUCUAGGAAUCAACCUCGCUGCCGUCGGACCCUUCUUCGAGGUGGACACUCCCGUCAAUGGAGAUAUAAUCAACGGCUGGCCACUCUUCGGCCGGAGACAGACAUUUGCGACCAUCAGCGGCUUCUGGGACCUGCAACCCACCACCAAUGGAACCAACUUCGAGUGGCUGCAAGAGUAUGGCGGCGAGAGCGUCAUUAGCGGUGUGCCGCAUUGGGCUGGCCUCACCCUCGAUGUCGGAGGGCAGACACUUAAUGCAUCAGUAGAUGCCGCCCAAAUCUCAGACUUCAGCUCGGCCGUGGACUUCAAAGCUGGCGUUAUGACAUGGAACUAUACCUGGACACCUGAAAAUGGCACGUCCUUGGGGAUCGGAUACACCAUCUUCGUCCACAAGCUGAACGUCAACCAGGCCGCCGUUCAGUUGACCAUUGCAGCAAAUUCUGACCUCAAUGUCACGGUCACCGAUGUCAUCGACGGUGACUGUGCUGUGCGGACGGACUUUGCCGACAAAGGGUCAGGGAACAGCACAAUCUGGACGGCUGUGCGACCAAAUGGCAUCAACAACGUGACGGCGUACAUCUAUUCGAGACUCUCAGGAGACGGCUUCUCAACAACACGUCCGAUCACAGACAGCCCGACUAUAGGGGCAAAUCAGUCCAGCAUAGCACAGUCUGCGGAGGUCAAUGUCCGAGGUGGCAGUGUUACGACGAUAACUAAGUACAUCGGAGGCGCCUCGACAGAUGCCUUCCCAGACCCGCAGUCCGUUGCUCGAGAUGCAUCGUCCUCCGCGGCGGCGGCAGGCUUCAGCAGUCUUCUAGAGUCACACAAAGCCGAAUGGGCGAGCAUCCUGACGACGGAUUCUGUCGAUGACUACUCCUUUCCAGACAACAACAGUCUUCCGAGUGACCCAUACAUCAUCGAGCAACAAAUCACAUCCGUGACCAACCCAUUCCAGAUGCUCCAAAGUACCGUCGGCCCCAAUGCUAUCUCUGCCGCUGGGAACAACUCGAUGCUGAAUGUGAAUAGUAUCAGCGUCGGUGGGCUUGGGUCCGAUAGCUACGCAGGACUUAUCUUCUGGGACGCCGAUAUCUGGAUGGGGUCUGGACUGGUCGUAACCUUCCCUGAGGCUGCCAGGGCCAUUGAUAAUUACAGAACGAGGCUAUUUCCACAGGCGCAGAAGAAUAUCGACAUGGCUUUUAUUUCUUCACAGAAUGCCACAGGAAAGUUUUCGGACGGAGGUGCAGUCUACCCCUGGACAAGUGGACGUUUCGGAAAUUGCACAGGGACCGGGCCAUGUUUUGACUAUGAAUACCAUAUCAAUGGAGACAUUGGUCUCGGUCUGUACAAUUACUACGCAGUCACUGGCGAUGAAGGCACAUUCAGGAAUGAAAUGUUCCCCGUUUAUGAUGCCAUCGCCACCUUCUAUUCCGAUCUGCUCACCUUGAAUGAGUCAACAGGACAAUGGGAGCUCACAAAUGCCACCGACCCAGAUGAAUACGCGAACCAUGUUGACAACCCUGGGUUCACCAUGGCCUUGAUAGAAACUCAUCUGAACAGGACAAACGCGUUCCGCUCGAACUUCAGCUUGGAGCUGAAUGCUGCAGCAGCCAAUCAGAGCGCGAAAGUUGAGCUGCCUGUGUUGGAAGAGGCGAGCUUGAUCCUCGAAUACGCCACUAUGAAUGGCUCCAUCUCCGUCAAGCAGGCCGAUGUCGUACUCGUCGACGACUUCCUCUCAUACCCAAAUCCAUACUCUCUGUCUGAUCUAGACUACUACGCCGGCAAGCAGUCCCCGAAUGGACCAGGGAUGACGUAUGGCGUGUUCAGUAUCGUCGCAAACGCGUACUCCCCUUCCGGCUGUUCGUCAUACACCUACGAUGUAUACGCAUCCCACCCCUACGUUCGGGCGCCAUGGUUUCAGUAUUCGGAGCAGCUCCUAGACGACUAUACCGAUAAUGGUGGAACUCACCCUGCGUAUCCAUUUUUGACGGGCUCGGGAGGCGCAAACCGAGUGGCCAUAUUUGGCUACCUGGGCCUUCAUUUACAGCUGGAAUCCAUCAACAUUGAUCCGUCACUCCCACCACAAAUACCGUACUUGGACUACAGAACAUUUUAUUGGCAGGGCCACGCGAUCAACGCGACAUCAAAUAGGACACACACUACUCUCAGCAGAAGUCCGGGAAACAGCCUGCCCAACGCCAACCAGGCCUAUGCUAGUUCGUCCAUCCCGAUCACAAUUGGCAGCAACACAACAGACACAGCCUACCAGCUGUCAGCCUCAGGUGAUGCCGUAAUUGUCCCAAAUCGAGACAUCGGCACCAUCAAGACCUGGGCAGGCAAUCUAGCACAAUGCCUCCCAGCAGCGAGCGCGGAGGACUUCGAGCCAGGGCAGUUUCCCUUCGCCGCCAACGAUGGCGCAGUCUCAACCAAGUGGCAGCCUAUCGCCGCCAACGUGACGAGCAGCGUGACGAUCGACCUCGGCGAGGACACAGCGGGAGAGCGCGUCGCGGGUUUCAGGUUCGACUGGGCGCAGGCGCCGCCUCGAGGGUACGCCGUGACGUUCUCCAAUACCAGCGGCACCGCUGGGGGCGCAGGUAUCAGUGAGGGCGCAUCCAACGUUACAGAGAACAACAAUGUGGAGAUAAGCAGCACUUACAACGCUGAAAGUAUUUCUCUUAUCACUCCCUACUCGAGCAACACAACCAAUGUGACAGUGGACGGUGAGGUGUACAGCGGCCGGUACGCGACGCUGAGCAUCUGGGGAAACCAGGCUACGGGUGACGACGGCGUUGGUGCUACGGUGGCGGAGUUCGCUGUGAUUGUGGAGGGUGGUGACACUGGGAACUCGACAGGUGGCAAUGGAGGCGGCAGUGGCAACGGUGGAUCACAACAAAAUCAGGCAAGUUUGGCGGUUCUCAGGGGUCAUUUGUUGCUCUAG